AUGUCCGCUGUCUUUAACAACGCCACUCUGGCAACUGCGCUGGCGCAUGGAAAAACCUACGCGCAAACCCUCCACAACGUGCGCGCGUACCAGCCGCAGCUCGGCUUCAUGGAGCAAUACUGGGCCGCAUGGUACUCGUACAUGAACAACGACGUCCUUGCUACCGGUGUCAUGUUCUUUCUGCUGCACGAGUUCAUGUACUUCUUCCGGUGUCUGCCCUGGGCCAUCAUCGACCAGAUCCCUUACUUCCGUCGUUACAAGAUCCAGCCCACCAAGAUUCCUAGCGCCAAGGAGCAGUGGCAUUGUCUCAAGUCCGUGUUGCUCUCGCAUUUCCUGGUCGAGGCCAUUCCUAUUUGGACCUUCCACCCAAUGUGUCAGAAACUCGGAAUCUCCGUCUCCGUGCCCUUCCCUUCGAUCAAGACCAUGGUAUUUCAAAUCGGUCUGUUUUUCGCUCUCGAGGACAUGUGGCAUUACUGGUUCCACCGUCUGUUCCACUACGGCGUCUUCUACAAAUACAUCCACAAGCAACAUCACCGUUAUGCCGCUCCCUUUGGAUUAGCAGCUGAAUACGCCCACCCUGUCGAAACCCUAUCUCUAGGAUUCGGUACCGUGGGUAUGCCUAUAUUGUACGUCAUGUACACCGGGAACUUGCACUUGUUCACACUAUGUUUGUGGAUCACUUUAAGAUUAUUCCAAGCCGUCGAUUCCCAUUCCGGUUACGACUUCCCAUGGUCUUUAAACAGAAUUUUGCCAUUCUGGGCCGGUGCAGCUCACCAUGAUUUGCAUCACCACUAUUUCAUUGGUAACUACGCUUCUUCUUUCACCUGGUGGGAUUACAGUUUAGACACCGAAGCUGGUCCAGAAGCUAAAGCUGAGAGAGAGGAAAGAAUGAAAAGAAAAGCUGAGUUGAGAGCCAAGAAGGCAACUUAA